UGAACUGACGUCGAAACUAUAUAAACGGCCACAAAAACCCUAGGAGCCGCCGACCACCUUUUUUCCUUUGCCUCUUGCCGCACUUCCUCGCUCGCAGGUUACUCUGAUUGACUUGCACAGCUGAUCAAAAUGUUUACCGCGAGGAAGAAAAUUCAUAAGGAACAUGAUGCUGAGCCCAGUGAGUUUGAGGAGAGCGUUGCACAGGCCUUAUUUGAUUUGGAGAACACAAACCAGGAGCUGAAGAGUGAUUUGAAGGAUCUUUUCAUAAAUUCAGCUGUUCAGAUUGAUGUUUCUGGAAACCGCAAGUCUGUUGUUAUUCAUGUUCCUUACAGAAUCAGGAAAGCCUUCCGCAAGAUUCAUGUGCGUCUUGUGAGGGAAUUGGAGAAGAAGUUCAGUGGAAAGGAUGUCAUUAUUGUUGCUACUCGGAGGAUUGUGAGGCCGCCAAAGAAAGGUUCUUCUGUUGUUCGCCCUCGCAGCCGCACCCUUACCGCCGUUCACGAUGCUAUACUUGAAGACCUCGUAUACCCUGCAGAGAUUGUGGGGAAACGUGUGAGAUAUAGAUUGGAUGGCUCCAAGAUUGUGAAGAUUUUCCUCGACCCGAAGGAGCGCAACAACACGGAGUACAAACUGGAGACCUUUUCAGGAGUCUAUCGCAAGCUCUGUGGGAAGGAUGUCGUGUUUGAAUAUCCAGUAACAGAGAAUGCCUAAAACUCUCUCAAAAUUAACAGGCAGAUAGACAAUCUAGCCAUAAGAAUUUUCUUGACUAGAGGUAUUUUUGUAAUUUUAAUAUUUUGGAUGUUUGUUCUUGCAAAUUGUUUUGGUUGUGUGCUGUUUUCUUUGAUUUUGUUGGGAUGCUUUUCUUAUUCUCUAUUCUGAAUAACUUGCAUCAUAAUUGAGAUGGAGUA